AUGUCGGCGAAGAAGUCUACCCGAUCGCGAUGCGAGCCCUCUCCGCGCGCCUCCCAGCACAGCGAGGAGGUGAAUGCGGCGUCAGAGGUGUACGAUGUGGCAUCCCUGCUCAUGGACGACGCAGCGGCCACUCCGCACCAGCGUGGCUCUCAACCGCCGCAAAAGGCGUCCAAGAAGACGUCCCGGCAGGAUAGUCGCGGAGGCGCUGCUGUUGACGGAGCGACUACUGCAGCGCAGCAGCCGAUCUUGGCAGCGGCUGAGGCCGCCUCCCUUGCCGAGUCGUCGCUACAGCUCCUUGUGAACGGCACUAGCGUCGUGUUGAGUGCCACUGAGGCAAUUCUCUCUGUGUACCGGGGUGGAGACAAGGAGCGAGCCCUGUGCGCUAUUCUUAACGUGCUUGCAAAGGCGUCCGGCGUCGCUGAAGUGGAGCUGGACGCGAGUGCGCUCGUCGACGGAGUGGAGAUACGGCCACUCCUGGAAGAGCUGUAUGCGCGGGUACCGGAGGACUCGGAGGCGUACCUGCUCGUGAAUAAGGAUGCACAGUACAAACGCUUUCGGCGCACCCUUCCGGCGUGGUGCGCGUUGUUGAUACAGGACGGCUUUGCGUCGGACGUGUUGCUGGACGAGACCUUUUUGCCUGUUCUCUCACAUUGGAUCAUCGCCAUGAGCGAGAGUAAGUCGCGUUCCUUUCGCCAUACUGCUACUGUGGCACUGCUCGCGUUUGUGCAAGCGCUCUCCAGCGUGGCUGCUGACCUGCAGAGUCAGCUGGCGCUGCUGCGCACGAAGAAGGAGAUCAGCGCCGUUCAGCGGAAGCGCGACAAGGUCGUCGAGUGGCGCGAUCACAUCUUCUCGCAGGCCAUCCAUCAGAGACUGCGCGACAUUGCUCCAGAUAUCCGCCUCGCCGGCUUCCAGGCACUCCGUCGGUGGAUUCUGGAGUUUCCGGACGAGUUUAUGACGAACAAGUACCUGCGCUACCUUGGCAUGCCGCUUCACGACAAAAGGCCAGAGCUUCGAGCCGAGGCGCUGGACACAAUUUUGCAGGCCCUCGCCCGCGUCCCGGAUGCCUACAGUCGGCUGCAUCUGUUCCUGCAGUACUUCACGAGCCGACUGGUGGAGCUGAGCAACGACGUUGACCUUCACUGCGCGGAGCUGGCCAUUCGCGUGGUUGCCAUGAUGGUCCGCAGCGACAACGACGUGCCCGAGGGAAGUGAGCUACUGAGCAACGAGAAGGUGGAUCAGGUUCUCUUGACUCUUUUCGACGAGCGCCCGACCAUCCGCGCCGCCGCGGGUAUCCUGCUAAAGGUCUUUAUCCACUGCCGUACCUCGGCGGAAGAAAGCGAGGCAGCCCAGGUGAGUGUUGCCACUGAGCUCCUAUGCUCCUUCGCUGCCACGCUGCGCUCGCAGUACCGCGAGGCAAUGCCCGAGAAGUACUUGAUUGACGCUCUCUGGACACCAGAGAGACCGCCGCUGUUACUGACCGAGUUCCAGCCCAUCCUCGCUGCCGCGCAGUCGGACAAGCCGCUCGACGCCCUGGUCGGCUUGCAGUUGAUGGCGGCACUGUUGCUGAAGGUGCAGGGACGGCUGACGCUGGGGCCAGUGCCGAAGGAUGACCGCCGCGGCGGCGCGGUGACAGCAAGCAAGAAGAUUCCGCCCAUGGCAAAGGAGGAGGCGGAGGUGCUGCUGCAUCGCCUCAGUGAGGAUGCAGUGAAUGCUCUGUGCACCAUCCUGGAGGUGCACUGUGGCACAGAGGAUAUUCUGCAAGCCGCCGCGGAAGUUUGUGCUGCACUGGACCUCUCCACCUUUACUUCACAGCGUCAUCAGGCAGCCCUGUCAGUCCUUCUGAUUGAGCUGCGGAAGGCAACGCUAAACUCACCGUGCACCGCCCUGGAAAUACGCGAGAGUCUCACCAAGGCGUGGCAUCAUCUGGCCUUCACAGCGCACCCACUGCGCACCGAAGCGCAUGCCCACCUGCAAGAGCUACUCAAGAGUGUCAUGGUGCAGUUUUCGCGAGCGGCCAAAGCGUUGUCGAGAGGCAGCGAGGGAAAUUCGCCGGCUGAUACCGCUGAAAUGCUGCACGCGUGCGCCCGUAUGAACCUGGCCUCAGCCCUCGCUCCUAUCGGGGCACACUGGCCACAAAUUCAAACGGUGCUGGCGGAGAUUCUGGCGGCGCAGCCGGCUGCCGACGCGUCGCUAGUGAUGUUGGUGGUUGGCACCGCCGUGCAGUGUCUUCUCUGGCAGGUGAGCAGCUACGCUGACGAGACGAACCCGGCGCUGUCACUAUCGGAUCUGAAGGCGCACAUGCGGGACGUGGUGACCAGUGUGUUGCGGUAUCAGGCGGAGGCAGAGGACGGGGCGCACGCCAUCGACUCACCGGGUGCUGCGGCAGAUGGCGUUCCUGUGCUGCCACGUGCGGAGGUGUUUGCCUACCUCUGUGAUCUUCUGGCUCUCCCGUAUUACGAUCUAGCUCAGGUGCAGCAGGAAGUGCUUGUGCGGCUGCUUCGCGGAUUGUACGAGCAGCUCUCUGCAGAGCUGCGUAGCGCUCAGGACUACUUGAAGGUGCACUUGCUGGGGCACAGAGCCCAGCAGCAACAGCACCCAUCUCAAGCUUCUAACUGGGCGGCAGCGGGCCUGGCUGAAUUAGUCACGGCGCGACGCGUCUGCUCGCGUGUGGAGGCGCUUCAGCUCCGGCUCGUGACGAGCGUUUCGCGACUCUUCCUCUUUAAGCGGCUUGACUCCGUCUUGGCGGCGUCGUUCUUAUCGCUGUGGACACACACGCCGUCAAAGGCGGUCUCCAAUACGUUCAAGAGCCUUUUCCACACUCUGCGCGAUCUCGCCGGUGACGACGGCUUUACUCUUGAGCGGGACAUCCUCCUCGCGGCGUACCAUUACUGCGCCGAGGUUGGCGCGACACCGGUUUCUGUUGAGGCGCUCUACCAGAUAGGGUUAAAGCUAUCUUCGUUGCACUUUAUCGGCACAGACCGGCUGUACUCGUGCUGUCCGGCCAUGGUGCGCUUCGGCGUGGACUUUGCCACGUCAACAGACCCACUUCUUCUGCAGGCUGUUACGUCGUACGCUGGAAAGCUGCGUCCAACUGAUGCGCUCCACGUGCUGCGGGAUCAGCUGAGCCGGAGCAGCAUGUUCACAGAGGCCACCAACUCUUAUGUGCAUGCUUUCGUGGCUGCCUUGCGGAAAGCUGCAAAGCUCGACGACUCGGCCGUAUCCUCGUCAAUGGCUGGCGGGAAGCGCCAACGGGCUCUGACCGGCGCGACAGAGCUGGCGGAGGAAGAGGGCAUGCUCAACGCGAUCACGCAAGGCUUAUCUGCGGGCGCGAACGCUGCCGCUGGUGCAGCCUCCUCGUCUGCCCCCUCAGUUGACCGAAGGCAACGUAUCUCGGUCGCGUCACGCGUGGUGACCGCUGACGGCUGGCACGUUCGUGCUACUGGUGCGAGUCAGGGUAGUGCAGAGGAUGUCGUCGAGGUCGAUGCCACGCAGGAUCAGCGAACCGUCGCCGCCGCCGCCCGUCCCCACCGCUCUGUGGUCAAUGUUCCCACCACGCAGGAAACGGCACUGUCAUCCCUGGCGGAUGCGUUGGACAGCGACGAGGUGUUUGUGGCGACCGAAGAGUACGAGUAG